GUGCAAGUAAAGACAAUUACUCAAAUAGCGGAAGAGUUGUUCCGCCUAUUGCGUAGCACUCUCGGUCCAUUCAAUGCUUUCUGUUUAUGUUACGGAGUGACGCCGUCGAUAGGAGUGCAUUCAUCGGCCUCAGCUGCAGCAGGGGAGGAAUUGCUGGCAGGUUUCUGACAGGACAGGUGGACAUUAGCUCGUAAACCACCAACCCACUUUAGUGAUGGACAUUUCUGUGGUUUUGGGCUGCUCUCUGGGUGCUGCCCUUGGGGGUGUGAUCCUUGCAUCCUAUAAACUAGGCUUACUUUACCAGCUAUUUCAUAAGACAGAAAGACAGAGCCCUCGACACGGAGGAGAGAGCGUGGCUGAGGUUUUGCGAGCUCAUGGGGUCAAAUUUGUCUUCACGUUGGUGGGAGGACACAUCUCACCCAUCCUGGUGGCCUGUGAGAAACUGGGCAUCCGCAUUGUCGACACACGCCACGAGGCCACAGCUGUGUUUGCUGCCGAUGCCGUAGCAAGACUUUCUGGUACAGUCGGUGUGGCUGCAGUGACGGCGGGGCCGGGGCUAACGAACACUGUGACUGCGGUGAAGAACGCUCAAAUGGCCGAAUCACCGCUGCUUCUGAUUGGCGGUGCCGCUGCUACUCUCUUACAGGGAAGAGGUGCACUACAGGAUAUUGACCAAAUGUCCCUCUUCAAGCCUCUCUGUAAGUUCUGUGCAUCAGUGAGGACCGUGAGAGAAAUUGUUCCCACAGUCAGAAAAGCCUUGGCCAUCGCACAGUCUGGCACACCAGGUCCAGUGUUUAUAGAGUUUCCCAUAGACACGCUGUACCCUUACCAUGUGGUGGAAAAAGAGUUUGCCCCUAAAAACACACCCAAAGGCUUGAUGGGGAAAAUCAUUGCAUGGUAUCUCCGGAAUCAUUUAUCAUACUUGUUUGCUGGAGCUUGGGAGACGUGUGAUCUGUCCCCACUUCCUGUUCACAUCCCACAUGCCACAGAGGAUGAGGUCCAAAGGUGUGUGGAAUUGGUGAGCAGAGCCAAGAAACCUGUGAUACUGUUAGGCAGUCAGGCAACAUUGCCCCCUACACCAGCGGAUGAUGUCAGAAAGGCCUUAGAAUCUUUAGGCAUUCCCUGCUUCCUGGGUGGAAUGUCCCGAGGGAUGCUGGGAAAGAACAGUCCACUGCACAUUAGACAAAACAGGAGAGAUGCCUUAAAAGAUGCUGACCUCGUGCUGCUGGCAGGCACGGUGUGUGAUUUCAGACUGAGCUACGGAAGAGUGCUGAACAGACGGAGCAAAAUCAUCGCUGUCAACAGAGACAGGAGUCAGCUACUAAAGAACUCUGACAUGUUCUGGAAGCCAACAGUGGCCAUUCAAGGUGAUGCUGGUUCUUUCCUCCUGCGUCUCUCGAAAGCCCUGAAGGGACACAGAUGUCCAGAGGAAUGGCCUAGGAGCCUGAAAGAGGGAGAUGCCAUCAAAGAGAAAGCUAACAGAUCAAAAGCAGAUGACAAGACAGAGAGGCAUUUGAACCCUCUGAGUGUUUUGCAUCGUGUGGAUGAGUUCUUGGCUGAGGACAGCAUCAUAGUGGCUGAUGGGGGUGAUUUUGUCGGCAGCGCUGCAUAUAUCAUGAGACCCCGGGGCCCGCUCCGCUGGCUGGACCCAGGGGCCUUUGGGACUCUGGGUGUUGGAGGAGGUUUUGCUCUGGGAGCAAAGCUUUCCCGACCUGAGUCUGAGGUAUGGAUCGUUUACGGCGACGGUUCACUCGGAUACAGCGUGGCUGAAUUUGAUACCUUCACACGUCACAAGACCCCAGUGAUCGCUCUGGUGGGAAAUGAUGCAUGCUGGAGUCAGAUCUCCAGAGAACAAGUGCCUAUGCUCGGGAGCAACGUAGCCUGCGGUCUUGCCUUUACAGAUUACCAUAUUGUAGCUGAUGGUUAUGGGGGCAAAGGUUACCUGAUUGGCCGAGAGGAUGAGUCGCAGCUUGAUGACAUCAUUAAAAAGGCACAGAAGGAGUGCGGAGAGGGAAAGGCCGUUCUGCUGAACGUUCUGAUUGGAAAAACUAACUUUAGGGAAGGUUCAAUCUCAGUUUAAAGAGAAACACUGUGCACCAUCCUGCCUAGAUACCCAAAGUCUUUCCUGUGUUGUCAUGCACAAAAUAUACUAUAGGACGCACCCUUUACUAAGUUAUAUGGAUUCAGCUGAUUUUUGAAAAGAGAUCAAAGCAACGACAUAUCAGAUGUUCAAAACCGUUUCUUCUGUUAUGCUGUGAUUAAUACAAUGUUCACAAAACUCUCAAGAACAUGUCUCGGUCAUAGUUCAUCCCUUCAUCCCAAAACCAAAAUAAGUAAAUGAUAAAAUGUUUAAAGAAAAUUAAGCCUGUGUUUAGGAUCAUUACAAUUUUUUUCUAAUAUGACAUUAUAUUUCCCCCCAACUCUCAUUACUGUAAAGCAAAAAAGGGAGAAAAUAAUGAUAUAUUAUUUAAAUUGUAUUUUUAAAAAGUGUUUAUAUACAGGGGUAGUACUGUUGUAUUUUAAUUUAUGCAGAUUUUAAAAGAAAUGUUAUUGUAUACAUAUUGUAUGGUAAUUAGAAUAUAUAUAUAUUCUAUAUAACUAUUGUCAUUACUGAUAUAUAAUAAUUUUUUUCUUCUGAAAUGUGAACUUGGACUUUUUUUUUUUGGAAGUUUUUGCAAAUACUUUAUCAUUUUGCUGAAAAGGAGCAAGCACAGUGCCUUCACUCUCUAUAGCAAUUUGUAAAAUACUAUAAAAAUCAGAAAACAUUUCAAGAUUACCGGUGUGUUGAUCCAGUAAAUUUUGAUUGAAAUAUUAUUUUUGAAGCACGCUUUAAGAAUAUAUGACUUUAUUUACCUAAUACUAAAGCAUUGAAAGACUUGCUUGUGUUGUGUGAAGGCUUGCAGGAUUGAUUUUUCUGCUCCAUACAGUUGAGUGCCUGUGAUUACUGAAUGUUAAACUGAUCUUGUUCAGAAAAUCUGAAAUUUGCUAGAAAUCAUUUUCAAAGAACUGCGUAUGUAGUUAUUUUGGACAUUAAUAAUUCACUAAUUAAUGAAUCAAAUGGGUCUAUGUUUGUUUAUCUAGAAAUAUCAGUCUAAACCAAAGUAAUAUCCUGCAAAUGCAGUUGUGUUUUUGCUACAGUAGCAGACCUGGAUAUACCAUAAUGCCUCUCCUCGGUUUGUGAUUGAUCACUUUAGCAUCCCCCACAAAAUGACCAUUUGAAUAUGGCUACGUAAUUUAUCAUAAUUUGUUGAUGUAAUAAAAUCUCUAAAGAAUGUUUUUUUUAAUUUAAAUUUUUUCCCUCAAGUCAUGAACCACUAGAUGUCAGACUCUGUCAGACUAACCCAUGAGGCGUCAUUCAUCAGCUAGUAGUAAAUAGUGUAUUAAAGAAAUUCUGAAGAUUUUUUAUCUGAAAAAUCUGAUAAAAAUAUAACAAUGUUACCUCCAAAUCCAUAGUAAAAAAAUAACAAAACAAAUUAUUUCUAAGGCCAUCACUUUUGCAUCUGCUGAUUUAUAAAUUAAACACCAAGGCUUGUCGGAUCACUGAAUCCUUAUACAGUUACCUGUUUAAUUUAAGUUAUAUUGAUUUUCAUGUGCAGACAGCGAGAAGCAAUCAAAUACAUGGCCAGUGGGUGAAAAGAGAGAACUAGAGGAAGAAAGUACUGAAAAUAAGGAUGCUCUGUCUCUACGCAAGAGGCUAUAAAAAAACUUAAAGCUUCAUUAACCACAGGCACAUCAUGACCUGUCCAAAAUAGACCAUGCCCUGCUAUUAACCCAUUAACUUGUUUUAUUGUAGGCAGCAUUUGAAUGGGAACAUAUC